CCUGCGCAGUGGCCGCCGCCGGCGGGCUGGCUGACGCUGGCGGGUUGAGGGAGUUCCUGCUGGUGGCUGUCACCGCCCCGUUCCUCUCCUCCCGAUGGUGCGCUCCUGAGGCCAGCUGCCUGCGGGCGUCGCCCCGUGAUGGAGCACAUCCGGACGACCAAGGUUGAACAAGUAAAGUUACUUGACCGGUUUAGUACCAACAACAAGUCACUGACGGGAACACUAUAUCUUACGGCCACACAUCUAUUAUUUAUUGACGCUCAGCAGAAAGAAACCUGGAUACUACACCACCAUAUUGCUUCUGUGGAGAAACUUGCUCUGACCACUUCUGGGUGCCCACUUGUGAUUCAGUGCAAGAACUUCAGGAUCGUGCAUUUCAUCGUUCCCAGGGAAAGAGAUUGCCAUGAUAUUUAUAACUCUCUACUGCAACUGUCAAAACAAGCAAAAUAUGAAGAUCUCUAUGCAUUCUCUUAUAAUCCCAAACAAAAUGAUUCCGAACGACUGAAGGGUUGGGAGGUCAUUGACCUUGCUAGGGAAUAUAAGAGGAUGGGAGUGCCUAAUGGAAAGUGGAAACUCUGUGAUGCCAACCGAGACUACAAGGUCUGUGAAACUUACCCAAAGGAGCUAUAUGUUCCAAAGUCAGCCACCCCACCAAUGAUCAUGGGCAGCUCCAACUUCCGAAGCAAGGGCAGACUUCCAGUCCUGUCCUACUGCUGGCAAGGCACCGAGGCUGUCAUUUGUCGAUGUAGUCAACCAUUGUCAGGCUUCAGUGCCAGGUGCCUGGAGGAUGAGAAGUUGCUUAAAGCCAUUAGUACAGCCAACUCAGGAAACAACUACAUGUAUGUUGUGGAUACCAGGCCCAAGCAUCGCAUGCAGAGCUGGUGGGAUACACAAAAGGACAUUGGCAGAAUUAUAGUGAGGAUUUCUUCAAAAAUCUGGAAUGAUGAGAAAAUAAGAGAGAGCGAUGAGAAAAAGCGACUGAAUGCAAUGGCUAACAGAGCAGCCGGAAAAGGUUAUGAAAAUGAAGACAACUAUUCUAAUAUUAGAUUUCAGUUUGUUGGAAUAGAAAAUAUUCAUGUCAUGAGAUCCAGCCUUCAGAAAUUACUAGAAGUGAAUGGCAACAAGGGGCUGUCUGUCAACGACUUCUACUCUGGUUUGGAGAACUCAGGAUGGCUUCGCCAUAUCAAGGCUGUUUUGGAUGCUGCAAUCUUCUUAGCUAAGGCAAUAGUGGUGGAAAAUGCAAGUGUGCUGGUGCACUGUUCGGAUGGGUGGGACAGGACUUCCCAAGUCUGUUCCCUUGGUUCGCUUUUGUUGGAUCCCUACUACAGGACAAUGGAAGGAUUCAUGGUUUUAAUAGAAAAAGAUUGGAUAUCGUUUGGGCAUAAAUUUUCAGAGAGGUGUGGCCAUCUGGACGGUGACCCAAAGGAAGUCUCACCGGUGUUUACUCAGUUCUUGGAGUGUGUGUGGCAUCUGACAGAGCAGUUCCCACAAGCCUUUGAGUUCAACGAAGCGUUCCUUCUUCAGAUCCAUGAGCAUGUGCAUUCGUGCCAGUUCGGGAACUUCCUCGGGAACUGCCAGAAGGAGAGAGAGGAGCUCAAGUUGAAGGAGAGAACUUACUCCCUGUGGUCCUUUCUUUUGGAUGACAAGCAGAAGUACUUAAACCCUCUCUACAGUUCCACAUCUGAGACAGUCUUGGAGCCAAAUACAGUUUCUUUCAACUUUAAGUUUUGGAGAAACAUGUACCACCAGUUUGAUCGGACGCUCCAUCCUCGACAGUCUGUAUUGAACAUAAUUAUGAAUAUGAAUGAGCAAAACAAGCAGUUAGAGGAAGACAUUAAAGACCUAGAAUCUAAAAUUACGCAAUGCAAAAAUGGCAUGUUAACGAAGGACUUGCUGCAUGCCGUCCACCCUGAACCACCUGCCCUCAAAACCUCCCUGUGUCUGAAGGAGCAGAGUCUGCUUCCGGUGAACGACACACUUCGAGCUAUAGAGGGCAGCAACCCAGCAGAUAAUCGGUACUGUGACUACCCCGAGGAGUUUUCCAAGCCGGAGCCUGCUGUGGUCAGCUUGGAGUACGGUGUGGCCAGGAUGACCUGUUAGACUCCUUCGGUGUUUGCCUGGACUGACUGUAGUGGUGAGGAUGGUCUGGACACAUGGGCACGGGGUUUGUCGAACGGCUUUGGGCUUAACAGCAGGUGAAUAGUUGAGAAUAGGAUCAUAACUGCUCUUGAGAGGAAUAAGUCAGCUAAGUGCCACUUGUAGCAAGAGCAAUAUUCAUUUCUGUAGGAAGUGAGUAGUAGUGUGUGCACUUACUAGAAAUGAUUUACACAGUAUACGAGUGAGCUGACGGUCUGUUGAUUCAGAUGUUAAUUCCAGCCAGGCUCAGAUAGCUUUCCUGAAGUGUAAUUUAACUCGGAGAAAACAGACCUGACAACCUGAACCCUUCAUGAUUGACAUGGCAUGUGCUUUCAGGUCUAGAGAUGCGUGACUGUGCGUGUAUUUUGCCAUUUAGUGACGUUUUAACAUUGAAGUGCCAUGAAAAGUACUUCUGAGACAGCCUUAAAGUAAAUUCUCAGUUUAUUCUUUACGUUUUAUAGCCAAGGACAAGGUGUCUGAUUUCUCCUUUCGUCAGCCUUACUUCCUGAAAAGAACUGCACUCUCCUGACAGGAGGGUCUCCCGCUGGCUGCCCGCCUCCUGCAUAGAAGGUUGCAGGCUCUGGUGUUUGUAAUUGGCCAGCCCCGCCCACACUCAGAGCAUAACGCCUCCCAAGGCUUUGUUCUGCUUGCCAUUUGUUUCAAGCUGCAGCUGACAGUUCAUUGUUUACAGCUUAGAGGUCUGAUUUCUUAGACACAUGACCACGUUUGGCAUUUACUUUCGGAUUACUGCAUUCUGUUAAUUCUUACAUCGUGGUUGGCUUGAAUCCUUUGCUAACCGCACAUUUAAAGCAGCAAAGCUCUAAAGUGUUCUGAAUACUAAGUACAUUCUUAGCUGCCUGAUCCCCUAGAACAUUUCACGUUCGUGUUCCUGCCUACAAACUUUCAGGUAAAGCAAAAGGGGUGUACUGACAGUGGAGAUCUUGUUUGGUUGUGUGAAUUUUGAAGCAGGCAUUUUUAUGUGGAAUAUAUUUCUUUUCUCUUAACUCUAGAAGGGACAGAAAGGGAGCACUGAGGGGAGCCAGUUAAUGUCCAAGAAAAGCAGCUUUAACUCUGGGAAAGGGUUUGCUUUGCUUUGUUACAGUCAUUCUUUAUUCUGUGCACUAGGGCAUACCUAUCUUUUCAAAAAAUCACUUUCAGUUGACAGUAUUACCAGCUGGCUUUGAAACGAAGUUUAAUAUCAUGGACGGCAUGAGGUACAGUUCAAGGGCACUAAGAAAUCUGCAUAUGUCAUCUUACAUAUCUCCUGAUUACACCUAUAUCUGUAAUAUUUCUUGUAUUACUUUUCAACAUAUGUAUCUUUUUUUUAAAAAAAGAAGAAAGCUCUAUUGUAUGUGAUUUUUAUCUAGUCCUGUUUAUUUUUCCAAUUCACUUCUGAAAGACCUUAUGUAAUAAAAACACUGCAUUUUAAAAAGUAACAAAUGUACUAUAAGAAUAUAACAUAUAAUUAAUGGUGUUUAGACAUUGGAAAAGGAAACUUAAUCUCUGUAGCCACAACAGGAAGCUUUUGUGCCUUGGUUCCAACAGGUUGUGGUUUUAAACUCUUCUAUGGCAGACUUCUUGUAGUCAUCAUUUUGGUUCAUUAUGCUAAUCUUCAACUUCACAUGCACAUAUGUGUUUACGUGCUCACACACAGAUAACAUCCUGGGUGAUGUACAGGGCAUAUGUUGGUGAAAGUCUGUGUAAAUGUCUUAAAAGAUUGGAUUUAUGUUCAUUGUGUUUGAAGAUGUAUAGCAUGUAAAUUAUUUCAUGUAUUAUUUAAAGGCAAUUAAAUGUUCAUGUUUUCCUUUGAA